UACUUCAACUUCAAUAUAUGAAUUCUACAUCUCCCUUUCAACUCGUCAUUAUCAUCACACCUUUUUAAAUUCAGUUCAGCUUGUAGGACUCUGCCAUACUUUUCAACAACAAUUUUUUUUCCCAAGAUUUUCAGUGGAAGAAUAAUUAAGUUGUGAGUAAGAGAAACAAUUAAGGAAAAGCAAUGUCUGGUGUAUCCCAAGCUGUGUCUGGUGGUGGAAUUGAAGCAGAAAAAAGGCAAGAACAUGGUAGCAUGACAAUGAUGGGUUCAUUACGUGUAAUAGAACUUCAACUUGUUGCAUUCGUAUUAGUUUUCUCAGCAAGUGGUCUUGUCCCUCUUCUUGAUCUACUCUUCCCUCUCUUUGUCUCUUUUUAUCUCUUAACACUCUCACAUUUUACAUUUCCCUCGUACCAUCGCGGAUUGUCCCAGAAUAUUUUUCAUGGUAGCAAGCUUUUUCAACUCUAUGUUAUUGUUGGAACAACAGUGGGAUUGUUCUUGCCUUUGGCUUAUGUGUUGGGUGGAUUUGGAAGAGGGGACAAACUUGCAGUGAGAUCUGCGAGCCCACACCUAUUUUUUAUAUCUUUUCAAAUACUUACUGAAAAUAUAGUAAGUGGGUUGUCAAUGUUUUCACCUCCUGUUAGAGCAUUGGUUCCUUUGAUUUAUACAGUAAGGAGAAUCUUUGUGGAUAUUAACUGGAUACAUGAUGUUUGGCUCAACAUUACUUUGCCAGAAAAUGCACCCUUGAAGGACAAAGCAUGGUUUGGGUUCGGGAGGGUUCUGGCUGUGGCUAACCUGGUUUAUUUCUCCAUUAAUCUCUUUGGAUUCUUGAUCCCAAGGUUCCUUCCAAGAGCUUUCAAGAGCUAUUUCCAAGAGAGGGGAGAGGUUUAUGCUAAGGCAGCUGAGGACAAAGUACAUGGGGUCAUAGACAAAUCCAAUGUACCACAUAAAGAAUCAUCAAAUUUACGCAUUUAAUUUUUCAAACAUCUCUUGUUAUUCCAAACAGCUUAGCACUUUUUUUUUUUCCCUUGUAAACUAAGAUGUGUGUGUAUAGCAUCUAAGAUAUGCAUAUAGCUUUCCGUUAUGUCAGUAAUACUUUAAAUAAGACUUAGGUAUUAUAUUUUUA